CGCGCUCGGCAGCCGUUAGGGUGGGGCCCUCCGCGGGAGGGGCAGGGCGGAGCGAAGCGAGCUGGAUGGCGAUUGGCCGAACCCCCACGGGAAACGACUAGGCGCGGGCAGCGUGCGCGCUCCCGUCGCGGCGGCGGCGGUGGCGAGCGGCGUCAGAGCUCGCUGGGGGGGGUUGACGGCUUCUGGCGGGUGUCGGUGUCGGGAGGAGGCGAGAGUCGGCUUAGCCCGUGUCGCGUCUGUCUCAGGAACCGGACGGAGAGUGAGGGCACGAGGGCUUGCUCUCGAGGGGGCUGCCAUCUUCCACGUCCACGCCGUCCUGAGAAGCGCAGCCCGGACCCUCCACGACCCCUCCGACUCCCCACUCGCAGGCCUCGAGGCCGCGGCGGCCACCGAGACAGCGCCGCACCUCCCCCACCCCUUCCCUCGUCCCCCGCCCGACAGGGCCCGGCUGGUGCCCCACCCCCGCCUGCCUGCCUGCCUGCCCGCCCGCUACGCCGCCGCCAUGUCGGCGCAGGCCCAGAUGCGCGCUAUGCUGGACCAGUUAAUGGGCACCUCUCGGGACGGGCCCUGGUGGUGGCAACCGCCUGUGUGCCACUGAAAAUCGUGCCGAUGCCUGGCAUACUGCAUAAAUGGAAGCAGGGUACCGCGAGAUACUACUCGUCAACGAAUCAAAUUCAGUGAUGACAGAGUAUGCAAGAGCCACCUUCUCAACUGUUGCCCCCACGAUGUCCUUUCUGGAACAAGAAUGGAUCUUGGAGAAUGCUUGAAAGUCCAUGACCUGGCAUUAAGAGCAGAUUAUGAAAUUGCAUCUAAAGAACAAGACUUUUUCUUUGAACUUGAUGCCAUGGAUCAUCUGCAGUCAUUCAUUGCAGAUUGUGAUAGAAGAACAGAAGUGUCUAAGAAAAGAUUAGCAGAAACUCAAGAAGAGAUAAGUGCUGAAGUGGCAGCAAAGGCAGAGCGCGUUCAUGAGCUAAAUGAGGAAAUAGGCAAGUUGUUGGCCAAAGUGGAACAACUCGGAGCUGAAGGAAAUGUGGAAGAAUCUCAGAAAGUCAUGGAUGAAGUAGAGAAAGCACGAGCAAAGAAAAGAGAAGCAGAGGAAGUUUAUCGGAAUUCUAUGCCAGCUUCCAGCUUUCAACAGCAGAAACUUCGUGUCUGUGAAGUCUGUUCUGCGUAUUUAGGUCUUCAUGAUAAUGACAGACGACUUGCUGAUCAUUUUGGGGGUAAAUUGCACCUGGGAUUUAUUGAAAUAAGAGAAAAGCUGGAAGAAUUAAAGAGAGUUGUGGCUGAGAAGCAGGAGAAGAGAAACCAGGAACGUCUGAAACGAAGAGAAGAGAGGGAGAGAGAAGAACGGGAGAAACUGAGGAGGUCCCGAUCACAUAGCAAGAAUCCCAAAAGAUCUAGAUCCAGAGAGCAUCGCAGACACCGAUCUCGCUCCAUGUCUCGAGAACGCAAGAGGAGGACUCGAUCCAAGUCUCGUGAGAAACGCCAUCGCCACAGGUCCCGGUCCAGCAGCCGCAGCCGCAGCCGCAGCCACCAGAGAAGUCGGCACAGUUCAAGAGAUAGGAGCAGAGAGCGAUCCAAGAGGAGAUCCUCAAAAGAAAGAUUCAGAGACCAAGACUUAGCAUCACGUGACAGAGACAGGAGUUCAAGAGACAGAUCACCUCGUGACCGAGAUCGAAAAGAUAAGAAGCGGUCCUAUGAGAGUGCUAAUGGCAGAUCAGAAGACAGGAGGAGCUCUGAAGAGCGUGAAGCAGGGGAGAUCUAACUAGCUGUGUACAUAUCUUCAAUCCUUUAGCUUCCUAUGGAGUAUUCCAUGUAUGCUAUUGUUUAGUUUACAGCUGUUCAGGGGGGCAGUGAACAGUUCUAGACACCAAUCCAGUCAGCCUAGAUGUAUAGUAUCUAAUGAUCUGAACUGAACCUGUUUUCCUUGAUAAAGCAUAAAACUACAUCCAUAGUUUUUUGUGAACCUGAACAUAACAGUUCAUAUGAGAUACUGUUCUCUAUUCUUUCAAGUUAGGAGUGAUAGUGAAUGAAUUGUGUUAAUGCCUUGCAGUUUUUGAACAUUAGUAAAAUACUGUCUUCCUUUUUAUUCCAAACAGCAACAGCUUUAGGAAUUUUUUCUUUAUAAUUCUUCUUCCUUUGACUGUUGUAUCUUCUAAUACCUGUGCCUCCAACUGUAAGGGAAAAGGGUGAAGGGAAGCAGUAUAACUUCUUUUCUAAGGUUCUGUUCACACUGGUUAUUAGUUGGUUAACAGUUGAGCUUCUCUACUAGCCGUGUGCUGGAGAAAGUUAAAUAUGGGGCUGUCUUGUUUGGGGCCUUUUAUUAGAGUUGGAAGUUGAACAGCUAUUGCAUUACAUACUUUUGCUUUUAUAUUGAAACUUUGAAAUCAGACUUGUCUUGAUUUUUUUUUUUUUCUGGUUAAACUGCUGUGUUCAGUAUAUCGAGGGGGGAUGGGGGCAGGGACUGUUUCAUAAUAACACUUGUUUUGUGUGUGUGUGUGUAUGUAUGUGGAGUUUAAAGACUAUAUACUCUUAACUGUAAAAAAAUAAAAUGAAAAGAAUCACCACCACCACUGUAACUUGUUUAGUAAGUUGUCACUAGAACUAUUUGCUGUGGGUAUUUUCCUCUAUAUUGUAACAUCCUUAACAGUGCUUUCUAUACAAGGCACCAAAGGAAGUAAAUAUUUAACUGUGGAUUCCAGGUGAAGUGUUGUUCCACCCAAAUCUUUUGUUGACUAUACUAUACUACUUUAAAGCUGUAUUUAACAGCUUCUGUAAGGAAAGAUUGGACUUGUAGAAGCAACUAAGAGUUGCUCGGUUUGUAUUUCUUAAUUGCUAAGCCUGAAUAAAAACAAUAUAUAACUAACAUAUUGAAACCAGCA